AUGGCGGUCAACUUUAUUGUUGGCUUUUUAGCUGCCGCGAUAGUUCUCCAAGCUAUCCGUUAUGCAGUUAACUCAUGGCAGCACUCACGAAAAGCUCGCAGCUUAGGCUGUGAGAAUGCACCCCGACUCCCUUGCAAGGAUCCCUUUGGAAUCGAUUCAGUGAAACAAGCAAUAGAAGCAGAUAAAGUGAAGAUGAUUCCUAAAAUGGCAACAGACCGGUUUGAAGCUGUCAGCAAGCUUGAAAACCGCUAUGUCACAACUUACAUCUCGCGCGGUCUGGGCAGAGACGUUAUUUUCACUAUGGAACCGAAGAAUGUACAGGCAUUGCUCGCCACUCAGUUCAAGGACUUUGAGCUUGGUACCAGCCGUCGACGCUCUAUGCACCCGAUGUUGGGUACGGGAAUUUUCACCGCGGAUGGUCAGGAAUGGAGUCAUUCGCGAUCAUUACUGCGACCCCAAUUCACUCGGGAUCAAAUUAGCCAGCUGGAUUUGGAAGAGACCCAUGUGCAGAAAGCGAUGGAAGCUAUGCCCGUCGCUGCAAAUGGCUGGACCGGAACUACUGACAUCCAAUCCAUUUUCUUCCGCCUGACUAUGGAUUCUGCGACCGAGUUCCUGUUCGGCAAUAGUGUGGAGAGUCAGAUGGCUGCUUUGAAAGGAUUGACCGAUCCUAAGGAUAACUUCGCGUACUACUUUGACAAGUCUCAAUGGGUCUGUACCCAGCGAGCCCGAUUCGAGAAGCUUGCCUUCCUUGCAAACAACAAGGAAGCCCAGCAUUCUGAUAAGCAAGUUCACGCCUUUGUCGAUAAGAUUGUCGAGACCGCAUUGCGAGAGACCGCGGGCGAAAAGAAGGUGCCCGAUGAGGAGAAGGCAUACAUUUUCCUUGACGCCCUUACCGCCACAACCCGCGAUCCGAUCGAACUCCGCUCACAACUGCUCAAUAUUCUUCUGGCCGGUCGCGAUACCACUGCUUCUCUCCUUAGCUGGACUGUUCUUCUUCUCGCUCGUAACCCUGAAAUCUUCACCAAGCUCCGCGAAGUCAUCCUCGAGGAUUUCGGUACCUACUCGAACCCCCAGAAUAUGACCUUCACUGCACUCAAGUCCUGCCAGUACCUCCAGUACUGCAUGAACGAGGCUCUUCGUCUUUUCCCCGUUGUUCCUUUCAAUCGCCGCACUGCUACUAAGGACACCACCCUUCCCACUGGUGGUGGCCCUGAUGGAAACUCUCCUGUCUAUAUCCGCAAGGGUCAACCGGUCGCGUAUAGCACCUUCAUCAUGCAUCGUCGCAAGGAUAUCUGGGGUGAAGACGCGGAAGAGUUCAAGCCCGAGCGCUGGGCUAGCCGCAAGGCUGGCUGGGAGUACGUUCCAUUUAACGGUGGCCCUCGUAUCUGCAUCGGCCAACAGUUUGCUCUUACUGAGGCUGGAUAUGUUUUGGUUCGUCUGCUUCAGCGCUUCGAUCAGAUUCAUGAUGUCAAUGCGGACCAGCCUAUCCGCUAUGGCUUGAAUUUGACUCUGUGCCCGGCAGAUCUGUUGACUGUCCGCAUGCAUGAAGGUGAGAAUGCUUAA